UCCCUCCUCACAUCCAUCCACGCUCCUUUCUCCGCUGCUGGAUGGUGCGUAAAGAGCGCAGGACGGUUCCGGGGCUUCCCUCUGAUGGAGACGGACUGAAGAGAGUCCAGAUCCGCCAGGAAGGAUCCCGCAGGACGGAAUCUGCCGCUGCCGACACGGAUCCGGAUCUGGAUCGGACCCUGAGCCCAAAGCAGAGGAAGGAGACAAGGAGAUUCCACAUCCUUUGGAAGUCUCCUGCCGUUGGUUCUCAGUGCCUGACUGUCUCCUGGUUUGGUGUUUAAAAUGUUCACUCCGAGUGUAGAGCCUCCAGAAUCCUAAGAGUGCGUAGUGCAUGUGUGAGCGUGCGUGUCUGUGUGUACGUUUGAAGCCACGGUGCAAGGAUGGGCUCGGUGGGAGCAGAGCGCCGCAGGCCCACGCCAGCCCAGACACCAGAGGAGAGGGAUGUGUGGAGAGAAGGCGGAAGAGCGGGAUGGAGAGAUGUUGGAAGGGAAGGAUGGAGAGAGGGAAGAGAGAGUGGGGUGGUGCAAAGCUACAGUUUCGAUUCCUAUCAGUUGGAAGAGGAGGAGCUCAGUAAAGAUGCCCCGGAGCGAGGAGUGCUGGCUCUGUCUGAACCUGACUUUGAGGAGCCGAUCCCUGACGACCGUUACCAUGGCAUCUACUUUGCAAUGCUGUUGGCUGGAGUGGGCUUCCUGCUGCCCUACAACAGUUUCAUCACUGAGGUGGACUACCUGCACCACAAGUUUGAAGGGACAUCAAUAGUUUUUGACAUGAGUCUGACGUACAUCCUGGUGGCUCUGUUGGCUGUCAUCCUCAACAACGUGCUGGUGGAGAGACUCAGCAUGCACACCAGGAUCACUGCGGGUUAUAUUUUAGCUUUGGGUCCGCUGGUCUUCAUCACUGUGUUUGACGUGUGGCUGCAGAAGUUCUCCACCAAGCAGGCUUACAUUUUCAACCUGGUCUCGGUGGGAGUAGUAGCAUUUGGAUGUACAGUGCAGCAGUCCAGUUUCUAUGGUUACAUGGGGAUGCUGCCCAAGAGGUACACACAGGGGGUGAUGACCGGAGAGAGUACAGCCGGAGUGAUCAUCUCUCUGUCACGCAUCUUCACCAAGCUGCUGAUCAAGGAUGAGAGGAGGAACACACUUAUCUUCUUCCUGGUCUCCAUCGGCAUAGAGAUGCUUUGCUUUCUGCUCCACCUGGUGGUCCGCCGCUCCCGCUUCGUCUGUUAUUACACAAACCACUCCCAGGCUAAAGGUCAGGGCAAAGUUCAUGACCCCCGUGACAAUGGGACUGGAUACAGGGUUCACCAUGAUGUCACUGCAGAGGAAGGUAAUGGUGUUACGGCAGCGGCAUCUACUGAAGGCAUCAAUGAGGACUUUGUUGGUGGAACAUAUGUGCGAUUCGAUGCCCCAAAAACCAAGAUAAGGAGGAGCUGGCCUGGCAUCCGAGACAUGAUCUUGCAUCGGUACGUGGUAUCCCGUGUGAUCUGGGCCCACAUGCUGUCUAUAGCGGUGACCUACAGCAUCACUCUGUGCCUGUUCCCCGGGUUGGAGUCUGAAAUACGAAAUGUCACUUUAGGAGAGUGGCUGCCCAUCCUCAUCAUGGCCACCUUCAACAUGUCAGACUUUGUUGGCAAGAUCCUGGCAGCGCUGCCGUAUGACUGGUCCGGAGGCCGUCUACUCUUCUUCUCUUGUCUCAGGGUCAUCUUCAUCCCUCUAUUUGUCAUGUGUGUUUACCCGGCCAAUGCACCCACCCUGUCCCACCCCGCCUGGCCGUGUCUCUUCUCCCUCCUCAUGGGAGUCACCAACGGCUACUUUGGGUCGGUGCCAAUGAUACAGGCGGCUGGCAAAGUGCCGCCCGAACAGAGGGAGCUGGCAGGUAACACGAUGACGGUCUCCUAUAUGACGGGUUUGAUGUUGGGUUCCAUUGUGGCGUAUGCAGCUUACAGCUUCACUGCUCCGGGAUCAGGAAGGCGCUUCCCCACGCCAUACAUGCACAUGACUGCCAACACCACAGGGUACUGAAUGUAAAACACACACACACACACACACACACACACACACACACACACACACACACA